AUGGGUUUCUUGUUGAAGAGACCGGAUGAUGCGGUGGGCUCAGCGGCCCCCGCCAUCAUGAUCGGUCUGUUUGUCUCCUUUGGAGGUAUCCUCUUCGGAUAUGACACCGGAACCAUCAGUGGUAUCCUGGCCAUGAAGUUCUGGCGGAAGAUGUUCUCUACCGGAUACAUCAACCCCGCCGAUGACUACCCCGAUGUAACCUCAUCUCAGUCUUCCAUGAUUGUGUCAUUGCUCUCUGCCGGUACUUUCUUUGGAGCCCUGGCCUCUGCUCCUGUUGCGGAUUACUUUGGUCGCCGCAUUGCCAUGAUCAUCGAAUCAUUUGUCUUCUGCUUCGGUGUGAUCCUCCAAACCGCCGCCACCUCGAUCCCGCUGUUCGUCGCUGGGCGGUUCUUUGCUGGCUUUGGUGUUGGUCUACUCUCUGCAACUAUCCCUCUCUACCAGUCUGAGACUGCCCCGAAGUGGAUUCGUGGUACCAUUGUCGGCGCCUAUCAGCUGGCCAUUACUAUUGGUCUGCUGCUGGCUUCUGUUGUCAACAAUGCUACCAAGGACCGCAUGGACACUGGCUGCUACCGCAUUCCGGUUGCCGUCCAGUUCGCAUGGGCCAUCAUCCUCGUUGUCGGAAUGAGUGUGCUCCCCGAAACGCCACGCUUCCUGAUCAAGAAGGAUAGACACGAGGCUGCGGCUAAGGCGCUUGCCCGUCUUCGUCGGAUGAAUGUUGACGACCAGGCCGUCGUGGAUGAGUUGGUGGAAAUCCGCGCCUCCCACGAGUACGAGAUGAGCGUGGGCAAGGCGAGCUUCCGCGAAAUUGUGACUGGCUCCUUGGGUAAGCGGUUGGCCACCGGAUGUGCUGUGCAGGCGCUGCAACAACUCGCUGGAGUCAACUUCAUCUUUUACUACGGAACGACCUUUUUCCAACGCUCCGGCAUCCAGAACAGCUUUACCAUCACGCUCAUUACCAACAUUGUCAACGUGGUCUCCACGUUCCCGGGUCUGUACAUGGUUGAGAAAUGGGGUCGCCGGCCCUUGCUGCUGUUCGGUGCCGUUGGCAUGUGCGUGUGCCAGCUGAUCGUAGCUAUUGUGGGCAUGGUGGCUUCCUCGGACGUGGCCAAUAAGGUCCUGAUCGCCUUUGUCUGCAUCUACAUCUUCUUCUUUGCCAGCUCUUGGGGCCCCGUCGCGUGGGUUGUGACCGGUGAACUGUACCCCCUCAAGGCUCGUGCCAAGUGUCUCUCCAUCACGACGGCCACCAACUGGCUGCUGAACUGGGCCAUCGCCUAUGCCACCCCCUACAUGGUGGAUUCCGGCCCGGGUAACGCGAACCUGCAAUCCAAGGUGUUCUUCAUCUGGGGCGGCUUCUGCUUCAUUGCGGGAGUGUUUGUGUACACCUGCAUCUACGAGACCAAGGGGCUCAGUCUGGAGCAGGUGGACGAGCUCUAUUCGAAGGUGUCGUCAGCCUGGCGCUCUCCAGGAUUCAUCCCUUCGGCGCAUUUCGCCGGUGCGGAUACCGAAAAGGCCGGGCCGAGUGUGUACGAAGUGGAGGGUGAACUUCCUCAGAAGCGCGAGUCGCAGCACAUUGAGACCGCUUAA